CAGGUGAACCGUCAUGAGGACAUUGUUGCUGCUGGGGGUGACGGCCUUCUGUCUCUGUGUGUUUGUCGCCGCUGACAAACAACCUGAGCGACAGGCAGAUAAAUCAUCCCCCGAGAAGGAGGAUGGAGUUUUACAGCUGAAGAAAGGAAAUUUCAACAGGGCACUGAGGAAGCACAAGCAGCUGCUGGUGUACUUCCAUACUCCUCUGUCUGGAGAAGGCCAUCGAAUCUCAGCAGCAUUUGAAGAUGCUGCUGCGGAGCUCCAGGGGUCAGAGGUCACACUGGCAGUGGUUGAUGUGACAAAAGAGAAGGACCUGGCUAAAGAUCUCAGUGUGACUGGUCUUGCCACGAUCAGGCUGUACCUCUCAGGAGAUAAACACAACCCUGUGCCCUGUCCUGUUCCUCAGAGCUCGGCCUCCAUCCUGACUUGGCUGAAAAGGAGGUCAGGGUCUGCUACUGACCUCAUCGCUGAUCUGAGCCAAUCAGAGACCUCAGAGGAGCUGACCGUGGUUGGAUUCUUUAAGGAGCUGAACCACGAGUACGUCCAGGUGUUUUAUGCUGCAGCGAUCGACCUUCCUGAUAUUAACUUUGCUGUGACAGAGAGCGAUGAAGUCAUCAGCAAACAUGGUCUCACACAUGAUGUUGUGAUGCUCUUCAGAAAGUCCAAGCUCAUCCAGGCUUACAAAAUGAUGCCUGAGACAUCUAAAGAGAUGCUGAUCAUUUUUAUCACCGUCUACCAGAUGGACCCAGUCACUGAGUACACUGGACAGACAGCCACUCAGAUAUUAACAUCACCUGUGUUAAACCACGCCCUCCUGUUUGUCAACAAAAGCUCUGCUGGCUUUAAAGAGAUCCACGCUGCCUUUAACAGCGCUGCAGAAGCAUUCAGGUUGAAGAUUUUGUUUGUGUGGGUGAACGUGGACGAGCCCCGUAAUGGCAGGCUGAUGGAGUACUUCCGGGUUCGGGAGUUCGAGGCUCCUCUGAUCCGAAUGGUCAACCUGACAGAUCAUGUGACCUAUCACCUGCCCUCUGAUACUCUGGAUGUACAGACCAUAAAAACAUUCUGCCAGUCAUACCUCGAUGGCAAGGCUAAGCCUAAGAUGCAGAGCGAGCCGAUUACCGAGGGAUGGGACACAAAGCCGGUGAAGGAGCUGGUGGGAAUGACUCUGGAGAAAGUCGCUUUUAACCCCAACAAGACUGUUUUUGUCCUGUUCUAUCUCCCUUACAGUUCAGAGUCCCGAGCUCUGUUCCCACUGUGGGAGGACUUGGCCGAGGCCGUGAAGGAUCGGGAGGACGUGGUCAUUGCUCGCAUCGAUGCCUCAGCCAAUGACAUCAACAUGUCAAUGCAGGGCGCCUACCCAUCCGUCUGCCUGUUCCCCGCUCUGUAUGCUGAAAGAAUGGUGGUUUACAAAGGAAAGAGGAACGUGAAGGACCUGGUGAAGUUUUUAGAUAAAGAGAUGGCGAAAGCCAAAAAAGACAGAGUUAAGGAGGAUGAAGACAGGAAAAAGUACAUCGAGGCAGCAAAAGCUGAAGAGGCAAAAAAAGCCAACAAAACCAAAGAUGAGCUUUAACGCAGACACAAAGAGAGUACAGUGUGUGUGUGUGUGUGUGUGUGUGUGUGUGUGUGUGUGUGUGUGUGUGUAAGUGUGCACGCCUGCGUGUGUGUAUGUAUGCAUG